AUGGUCGCUGCUGGGAGCAUCCCCAUCAGCGAUGGAAGUGGACGUUUUCAGGGGGAGAGAAGUAGCAAAGUCCAUGUCGUGAGCUCUCCCCUAUCCGAAGCGAUGACCGUCACCUUUUCCCCCGACGACCGUGGACGAUCAAGCUGGCGAGCGUGGUGGGACAACAUCGCGGACAGUAACGGCUCUCGGAACCAGACUCUCGUGGAAGUCACCUGCGAUGCUAUCAGUGGUAAAAGCCCCUCUCAAAAAUGCUAUUACGACGUGAGCGCAGUGGACGGACUGUCCAGCUCGGUCUCGGUUCAUGCACCGCGGCUUCAGCCAUGCCCGGGAGAGACCCUCAAGUCAUCCAUACUUGUGAAACCAAAUGGCGAUUGGGAGUGCCCGUUGGCGAAUCGAGUCAGCUCACAGGCUCAGACGGCCGACAUGCCUCGACUACACUUGAAUUCCAGUCAAGCGUGCCUCUCCAACUGUUCACUGCUGGAUACCAAGGAAACUUGUUGUCGACUCGAAUUCGCCAACCCUACAAGUCCGAAUAAAAGUCCGAAGCUGAAAGAAGGUGCACCCCAGGCGUACGCUUGGGCACACGAUGAUGUCUCUUCCGAGCUGCAGCGCGGACCGCUGCUGACGGGCAAUUAUGCUGCCAUAGAGGAGCUCAUCGUCGACCCAGAGUUCCAUCUCGCAGCCGGCCCAGUUCUACGAGGGAGCAGAGCGGAGGUGGCAUCGGAGCGGACGGACCCGUAG